UUUCACAUGGCCUUCAUCAGAGAUACCUUAAUAAUUAAAGAAAAGGUUUUCAGGCUUUUUCCCUACGUGUUGAAUUGGCUUUUCAACACUAGAGACAUAGAUUCUUUCUUCAGCAUUGUACCACUUGUGAGAUUUCAACAACUACCACACUGUCACUCUCUUGCUCUUCUCACCUGUUUCUUCACUUGUUAUGCUUAUAAUAUUGUAUUCCAAAUUCUUUGAAAUGGGCAUUUGCACAUUCAAAGGUUUUUGGUUGGGGCUCUCUUGUAGCCAUAUUUGACCUUGUCAUGGUCCAGGAAGGCUUGAUUAGAGUUCAACAAUUCAGCUAUGGAGGGGCUUUGAAUUGCUAAAGCCUUCAUCCAGCCUGCCUAAGAAGACGGAUUAUGGAGUCAAAAAAAUCUGUUCAGAAACUUUCUAGUACAAUUCAUUCCCUACUAGGACUAAAGGCACGUUUUACUUCCACCUGGGUCAAGUCAGUUUGUGACAUAAUAAGAAACCUACCACCUGAAGGACCAUCCAUUGAGUUGAAAUCUGCAAACUUAAAGACAAGUCAUUCUUCUGGAAACAAAGAUUUGGACAGUGCAAUUUCAAAGAUUAAUGAUGAACUUGCUGCCUUAACGUCCAACAUAAAUCAACUGAAUACUCAGAGAAGGCAAGUACUCGAUGAGUUUCUAGACUUGAAAGGGAACAUUCGUGUAUUUUGCCGUAUAAGACCCAUAUCAGAGGGGGAGAAUUUUGGCCAUUUUAGGCCUGUUGUAGCUUCGGAUUCAAGUAAUGUUCUUCUAAGGCUUACAGAUAAUAAGAGUAAAAGUUACAGGUUUGACAAGGUUUUCCAUCCAGGUUCAUCACAAGAUGAAGUAUUUUCCGAAGUUGAACCAGUCAUUAAAUCGGCACUGGAUGGCUACAAUGCAUGCAUUUUUGCAUAUGGGCAGACAGGCACAGGAAAGACUUUCACAAUGGAAGGCAAUCCAGAUUCUCCAGGGAUGGUGCCCCGUGCUAUUGAAGCACUCUUUAAGCAAGUGGAGGAUAGCAACCAUGCAUUUCUCUUCACAUUCAGUAUGCUUGAGAUUUACAUGGGAAAUAUCAAAGACUUGCUCGUCCCUCAGCCACGAAAAGCAAUGGAUCCUAUGCCACCAUGUCUUUCAAUCCAAACAGAUCCCAAGGGAGGAAUUGAAAUAGACAACCUUGUGGCCAUCCAAGUGAGUGACUUUAAACAAGCAUUGAGGCUGUAUAGACUAGGAUGUCAGUCCAGAUCAACUGCUUCAACAAAUUCUAACAUGAAUUCCAGUAGAUCACACAGCUUGAUUCGCAUAUCAAUCACAUGUUUUGAUGCUCCUGAGAGGCGAAGGGAAACAAAUAAAGUUUGGUUUGUUGACCUUGGCGGAAGUGAGCGCAUACUAAAGACGAAGGCAUGGGGGAGAAGACUUGAAGAAGGAAAAGCUAUUAAUUUAUCACUUUCUGCUCUUGGAGAUGUCAUCAGUGCCCUUCAAAGGAAAAGGUUUCACAUACCUUAUAGGAAUAGCAAGCUGACACAAGUUCUCAAAGAUUCACUUGGAAAGGAUUCAAAAACACUUAUGCUCGUCCAUGUUAGUCCCAAAGAAGAAGAUCUGUGUGAGACAAUAUGUUCUUUAAAUUUUGCAACAAGGGCAAGAAGCAUUCAUCUGGGGAGUGAGGGUUCAACUGAAGAGAGGCAGCACAAGGAAGUUGCAAUGACAAAUCUUCAUCAAAAAAUAAAAAUGAUUGAAGACGAGCGUCGAGAUAUUAAGAGAAACAUUGAGAAGUUAAAUGAGAAAUUAGAGACACUAACAAGGGCAGAACCGACUUUCUGUCAACAACCAGAUGCUCCUGAUUUAUCUAUUGGAUUGGCCCAACCUAAUCUGGAAGUUUUAAGCAACAAGACUAGAGAUAUCCCCAAAGGUCCCAUGUCACAGUUACCAAGAUUUAUGAGGCCAACUAUUAGCAGCAAAAUAAAAUCUGGGACAGAACACCCAAUUUCAGAAGAGAAACCUGCAUUUCGUGCAAGAAGGAGAAGGCCAUUGUAUCAUCGUGCUGAGUCUGUGACUUUCCCUGUAAAGGGUAAUUCAGAAUACAGCUCAGACUGCAGUAUAUCAAGAAGCUGUGUGUUGGCUUUGAACAUGAAAAGUAGUGUAGAUAUUGAAACGGAAUACAGCCAAGAAACAUAUGAAUGUGAUAUUAAAGAGGUAGUAUUCCCGGAACAGGAAAUAUCACCAAGGAAUUCCGUUAAUCAAAGUGCUCACCUCAGUCACAGUGAGGGAUAUGGAAAUAUAUUGAAAAAUAAAAAUAGCUCCACAAAAUUUCUGAAGGUUGACAAUUGGCUUCACUCACAUAAGAAUGAAACUUCUAGCAGUAGUUAUUCUCAUAGGAGCAAACAGGUUCUAGCAAUUCCUAACCCAAAGAAAAACAAUAGGCCUACUGAGCAGAAGAAAGAAGAGAAGGUAAGAGAUGAGAAAGUGCAUAAUAGCAGCUUUGAAAAAAAAGAGAUCUUUUACCAUGAGAAGCUGGAGAAACAAGCUGAUGUUGAGCGAUUUAGAGGAUCUUUACUGGAAGAGGGGAUUGAUAAACCUCAAACACUCAUGGAGGAUUGUCUCAGUAAAGAGUUAAGGUCUGGUUCCAGUUCACCAUUGCACACAAUUGGUGGUGACUUAAUGAUACAAACACAAGAUUUGGUACAUGGCCCAUCAAUAGAGGACAAUUCCUCUGUUAAGCAUGGCAGUUCUUCUCCACCCAAUAAGUGCAGCUAUAGUAUCAAUUUGGAUCAAGAUGACAAUGGUGUCAAUUUAAUGACUAUGAUUCAGACGGUAACAGGUGAAACAAGAUGCCCAGACAAUUUCUUGCCAAACAGCUUCGGUUGCUCCCACCUGUUGCCAUCUGAUUUAGAUUACAGUAUUGUUGACCCAAAAGAAGAUUCUGACAUCUCAUUCUCCUCAUUUGAACUAGAACAACACUGUAAACAAAUGACUACUGAAAUAGGUGAUGAAGAUAAUGAAAAAGAAGACACGGACACCUCAUCUCAAAGCUUGAUGAAAGGGAAAAGCCCUGUUCUACAAAAAUUGAGAUCGCAAAGAGCUCUAUUUAGGGUCCAUCCAAAUCCAAAGAAACCAAACAUCUUAUUUGUUAAAUCACAAGAAUAUGCACAGAACACAGGAAUAUGUCACCUCCUUAAACAGAAAAUUCAGAUUAUAUAUGCCAGUGCACUUUUAGGAUUGGGAUUUCAGAAGUUGGGAUUUGAGGAAGACUUCUUCUAUGGUUUAAUGCUUUGAAGUGAGUAGUGACUCCAAUGGAAAUUUUAAUGCUUUUGAAGCAACUCCAGCGGUGAGAGGAAGAAGUUAAGUAGUAAUUAUUUUCUGAUUUGAUCCUGGUGGUGGUCAUUGUGAAACCCUUAAUAGACCAGUGACGUGAUCCUUCUAUUGUGUAUGCUAAGCAUCAUUCAUGCACAUGUGCAUGAGUAUGCAGUGUAUCAAGAUGUUUGUGUGUAUCAUAUCUAAAUUUUUCUUUAGCUCUGUGCCAAGCUCUUUAGCUGAAUCUCUCCAACUGAGAAACAAGAGAAUGCCAAAUUUUUGAAU